GGAGGCAGCAAGCGAGCAGCGAGCGGGCAGUGUCCGAAGAGGAGCGGAGCCAGUCGGGCUGAAAGGAGCAGAUACCCGCGGCAGACAACAACGCCCCCCUCUCAAGGAGAAGCCAAGCCGUUUUGCUAAGCGUGAGUACCGACUUGUACGUAGUUUGUGGCUGGCUAAGGGAGGGGGGCUAGGCAGCGCUGCUCUUUAUCAGCCCCGGCGGGGCUGCCGCUCGGAACUCAACGCCCCGCUCGAUUCCAAGCAUGGCGAAGCUCCUCCGGGCUCGGGCUAUUUACGACUUUAACUCCGAGAACCCCGGCGAGGUGUCUGUUCGCGAGAACGAGAUAGUAACUUUGCACAGCGAGAAAGACAUCGAGGGCUGGUUGGAGGGCACCAAUAGUAAAGGCGAGAGGGGGCUCGUCCCCGCGUCCUACGUGGAGAUACUGCGAGAGGACGACAACAACGCGUAUCCCGAGUCCCGUUACGCGAACGUGCCGUCCACAGGGAGGGCGGAUAACGCUUUCCCCCCUCCUGCCCAGCAGCAGGUUAACCAGCAGACCAGCGACGAUGACUGGGACGACGACUGGGACGACAGCUCCACCGUGGCGGACGAGCCGGGCACCCCCCGGGACUUUGAGGGCAACGGGCCCUCCGGCUACAGAGUGUCAACAUCCUCCGCUGCGAGAGGUCAGCACCCCAAAAGCUCGGCCACGGUCGGCCGGAACCUGAACCGGUUCUCCACCUUCGUCAAGUCCGGAGGCGAGGCCUUCGUGCUGGGCGAGGCGGAGGGAUUCGUGAAGGACGGGGAUAAGAUCUGCGUGGUGAUGGGCCAGCACGGUCCCGAGUGGCAGGAGAACCCGUACCCGUUCACCUGCGCCAUCCACGACCCCACCAAGCAGACCAAGUUCAAAGGGAUGAAGAGCUACAUGUCCUACAGGCUGACGCCCACGCACACCGAGCAGCAGGUGCACCGACGCUACAAGCACUUCGACUGGCUGUACGCCCGCCUGGUGGAGAAGUUCCCGGUCAUCUCGGUGCCGCACAUCCCCGAGAAGCAGGCCACGGGGCGCUUCGAGGAGGACUUCAUUUCCAAGAGGCGGAAGGGCCUGAUCUGGUGGAUGAACCACAUGACCAGCCACCCGGUGCUGGCGCGCUGCGACGUCUUCCAGCACUUCCUCACCUGCAGCAGCACCGACGAGAAGAACUGGAAGAUGGGCAAGAGGAAGGCCGAGCGGGACGAGCUGGUGGGCGCCAACUUCUUCCUGACCAUCAGCACGCCGCCCGCCCCGUUGGACUUCCAGGAGGUGGAGAGCAAAAUCGACAGUUUCAAGUCCUUCGCCAAAAGGAUGGACGACGGCGCCCUGCAGCUCAACGCCACCGCCGGCGAGUUCGCUCGCAAGCAGAUGAGCGGCUUCCGGAAGGAGUACCACAAAAUGGGCGUGGCCUUCAAGGUCCUCAGCCAGGCUUUCGAGAUGGACCAGCAGGUCUACUCGGCCGGACUCAACCGGGCCAUCUCCUUGACGGGGGAAGCCUACGAAUCCAUCGGGGAUUACUUCGCCGAGCAGCCCGCCAAGGAUUUGGAGCCUAUUAUGGACCUGUUAGCGCUUUAUCAGGGACACCUGGACAACUACCCGGACAUCAUCCACGUGCAAAAAGGCGCCCUAACCAAAGUCAAGGAGAGCCAGCGUCACGUAGAGGAAGGCAAAAUGGAGGCGGCGCAGGCGGCGGACGGAGUCAGCGAACGCUGCAACAUCAUCUCGUGCGCCACGCUGGCCGAGAUCCAGCACUUCCACCGGAUCCGCGUGCGCGACUUCCGGGCACAAAUGCAGCACUUCCUGACGCAGCAGAUGGCCUUCUUCGGCAAAAUCACCGUCACGCUGGAGGAGGCGCUGCGCAAGUACGACGACGCCUAGAAAGCGGAGGAAUUCGUUUGCCACCGCGUGGAUGAAAAUGGCUGUCAAACUCAUUUUACUUCAUGGGGCCACUUUAAUGGCAAUUAGUUCUUAUGUGGGCAGGACCAGUUCAAUUUUGGCCAAAUAAGUUCACUCACUGGCAGUCACGAUGGAUUGGACGCCUAGUGCCGUCAAUGGCACUGAAACGUGAGCAUUCACAGCUAGUCCUCGCAGUUCAAGUAAAUUGGACGUCUAUUGUUGUCAAUGGAGCCAACUCGUUAAUUUCAGGUCACUUCCUUGUCAUUUUAGGGCACUUCCUGUACAUUUUGGUGCAUUCCGGGGUGACUUUCUCUAUAUUUUGGAUCAUUACGCCACUUCCGGAUCAUUGGUCACUUCCUGUUUAUUUUGGACAGUUUCCAGGGGACUUCCUAUUGAUUUCGGGUCACAUCCUGAAACAGAGCCUUGACAAACCAUUUUUAAAUGGGCUACUGCGUAAGUGUUUACACGUCCUCUCGCUGUGCCUUCUCCUUUUGUUACUAAAGCUUUGUAUCAUGUACAUGUUGAAUUGUAAUUGUUUUUACAAAAAGCCUUUCGCCGUAGACAGCUUAGAAUGAGACAUGGGAAGGUUUUAUUGGUCAGAUUUAUUUCUCAGCAAAUGAUAAUAUUAUGGAAUUUUUUUUUAGCUUUUGAGCAGUGCAAUUCCGAAAGCAAAAUGUGUCCAAAAGUGUAAAUAUGAGUGCAACAACAACAAAAAAUGGGCAUUUGGAAAAUAGGUUUGCUUAUGUUGAACGGGUCUAAAAACGACUGUAUUUUCCGCACUGUAAGACGCAUCGGAGUGCGAGGCGCACCUUCAAAAAAUGGCCUAUUUUAAAACUGUUUUCAUAUAAGGGCGCACCGCAUUAUAAGGCGCAGUAGUAGUAGUAGUGGUUGGAGUUGCGUUAUGCAUCCACUAGAUAGUGCUGCACGAAAGGGAAUGUCAUGCCAUGAUAUUGAUCCAUAUAGAAGGUGUACUGUCAGCUUUUGAGAAAAUUGAAGGCUUUUAGGUGCCACUCAUAGUGCGGAAAAUCAAGUGCAUUUAAUAAAUGAAUUCCUCGAUCGUUAGUGAAUGUUUCAAAAUGUGUCAAAUUUGCCAAGAAUGCUUUUUGAACAUGGUGGGCUUCUUGCCUGAUGUGGUCACAAGUGUUGUGCGGUUAUACCACACAUGAUUUUGGUUGCAUUGCAAUACAAG